AUGGAGGCUCGGGUGGCGGUGCUGGCGGUGCUGGCGGUGCUGGUGGGCGCGACGGCGGCGACGGCGGCGACGGCGGCGACGGCGGCGACGGCGACGGUGGCGGAGGUGCGAGUGGCGGCCGCAACGGUGGGGGAGCGAGCGGCGGCGGUGGACGGGGCGGCGGCGGAGGUGUCUGCGGCGGCUCUGGUGGUGAAGGAGGUGGACUCGCUGGGGGCGCUGCCGCUGCUUGUUGUCGCCGCCGCGACCGUCUUCCUCCUCGUCCGCAGCGCGCCGGCCGGUCGCGCUCACGGCUUGCCGCGCUGGAAGGGUUCUGGCAAUGCGCGCGAUGAUUUUCUGGCAGUGUGCAGGGAGCUGACCGCGGAGCUUGUCGCCGAGGUGGAGACGUGCCAGCCGCCGCUCCCGAGUAGCGUGGCGUCGCACAUUGCGCGGCUCGUCGAGUACAACGUACCCAAGGGGAAGCUCAACCGCGGCCUGACUGUCGUCGAGGCGAUGGAGGCCAUCAAAGGUCACGCGGCGCCAGAGCAGCAGUGGCGUGCCGCCGCCCUCGGCUGGUGCAUCGAGUGGUUGCAGGCCUACUUUUUGGUCGCGGACGACAUUAUGGACGCGUCCGAGACGCGGCGCGGCCAGGUCUGCUGGUACAAGGCGCCCGUAAAGUGCGCCGUAGGCAUCCUGCUCGAGAUGCACAUCUACUCGAUCCUGCGGCGCCACUUCCGCGAGGACCCGCUGUACGUGCCUCUGAUGGAGCUCUUCCACGAGGUCGACUUUUCGCGCUUCUGCAUGGCAACCUACACCAACAUCGUCGUCUACAAGACUGCAUUCUACACCUUCUACCUGCCGAUCGCUUGCGCCAUGCUCCUCUCGGGCUACCGUGACCCCGCCCUAUUCGCAAAGGCGCGCGAGAUUUGCGUGCUCAUGGGCGAGUACUUCCAGGUGCAAGAUGACUACCUCGAUUGCUACGGCGACCCGGCAAAGAUUGGCAAGGAGCGCCCCCAACACGCCAUGGCCGCCUCUCUCGCGCCUCGGCAUUGCCCACCGCCUUUCCUGCGCCACUUGGGGCUUCUCGCUAGCGUCCGUGGCGUCUCGCUGGAGCCCGCGCGCGCUGUGGUGGGCACCGACAUCCGCGACAACAAGUGCUCAUGGCUGAUCAACACGUGCCUUGCGGUGGCGACGCCGGCGCAGAAGAAGGACCUCGAGGCCAACUAUGCGCGCAACGACGCUCGUUGCGAGGCCAAGGUGCGCCAGAUCUUUAGCGAGUGCGGCGUGAAGGAGGCCUUCCAUGAGUACGAGGAGGCAACAGCGGCGCAGCUGCGUGCCCUCAUCGCCGAGGUGCAGGGCAUGCCCCCAACUAUCUUCUCGACCCUCCUCUCACGCAUCUACAAGCGACAGAAGUAAGAGGGAACGGGCGUUCUGUUGGGCGUCUGGACGCCCCCCCCCCCGCACCAACCCGGCGCUACUGACGCGUCCCCGGUGUUCUCUGUCUCUCGGCACGGGCCACGCCCACGGCCACAGCCCGCGGGUCCGUUUUUGGCCGGGAGCGGUAUGGGGCGCGGGAGAUUCGGCGAGGCCGGGGCGGGGGACUUUAGACCUGUCCAGUCCAAAUAUAAAUAUC